UUCUCCUCUCACAUCAUGCAUUUCAAAAUCAUUCUUCUUUUGGCUCUCAUUGUUAUGACUGUAUCCUCCAUGCCAACUGUCGAAGACAUUCCUGAUUUACAAGCCGACGAUCAGUUUUUGUACGCAUACGGUUACGGUUAUCCUAGUUACGCUUACGCAGCUCCAUUGCCCACAACGUACCACGUCCCUGUUGCGGCUCGUACGGAUGGAGUCCCGGCUUCCACUGCAAAAUUGGUCACCCAGCCGGUCGCCUAUGCCUAUCCUGGUUACCCAUACGCAGGAUAUCCGUAUUCUGGAGGUUUUGGUUAUGCAUAUGGUUACCCUAUUACAGCGUAAAAAGAUACUCAUCCUUAACUAAAGCAUGAUUUAAAGUUACUGCCCUGACAUAAGCUCGCGCACAUUCCACCCUUUUUCUUUUUUUUUAAGUUGUUGAUUGUUUUUAAAUUUCUUUGACCGGGAACGGGUUUUCUGGAUUCAUUUAUUUCCCCACCUAAUGUUUGAUUUGAAAAAAAAAAAUAACUUUUAGUAAUCGUGAACUCUUGAUUAAGUUCAUCAGCUAAAUUUAUCGUUAACACUAUCGCAUUCGCUAUUUUCUAGUUGUCUUUAGUAUUUUUAUGUUUGUAGAAUUCAACUUUCCAUCUUUACACGCAGUACCUAACCACACGUUUCCGAAUCCCUAAAACUAGUGACUUGCACGAAAAUUAUUCUGUGAUGAUAUUCAGUUAAAAAGGACGGCCAGGUUUCAAUCAAACUUCAAGUGCUAUUGGCAUAUUUGCAAGUCGUAACUAACGUACUGUUAUUUUGCUCUUCCCAUUUCUUUAAUUAACUUAUAAUCAACUCCCUUUUUAAUUUUUAUUUACUUUGACUGACUAAUAGACGUUGCUAACUUUUGAAAGAUUCUACGACGGGCAUCCAUGUUGAUUGGUGAAUGGUCGUCGUUAUUGGCUUCUAGAGUUAAGACUUGUGCACGCUGGAACGUGAUUACACAAACAAAAGUGAAAUUUUCUCUUAUUCAAUAGCCGUAGACCUAUACCUUAUUUUCAUUUCAAUUUAAUACUACUGAUAUUUAACUAAAACGCUUCCAAAGUAAUCUUUUGUCAUACCUUUGUUGUUAUACGAAUAAACAGUUCCUUACGUU